AUGUCACCAGAUAAUGGAGAUAUUAUUAGUCUAUAUAAAAAUGCAUGUGAUGCGGAAGUAGGUGCUAUCAAAGCUAAUCAAGAAGAAACAUUACGUUGGUGUUUCUAUGCUAGAAAAUUCAAAAGCAUGUAUAAAGAUUUUAUGGUCAACAAUAAAGUCGGGGAAAAGAAGGCAAAAGGUCAGGUAUAUGACUUUAUUGUCAAACAGCUACCGGACACCAAACGCAAAACUUUAUGUAAGCAGACACAGAAAGCUUUAAGAAUUGACAAUUUAUUUGAAAGAAUAGGAAUGGACAAGAUUCAAUACAUCAAAACAUAUAGUGCAGAUACAAUUUCAAAAUUUACUAAUACUCAAAUUCAAAAGAUUAUAGAUCACUUCGCCAAAAAGCCUGAUAUAGAAUUCACUGAUGAACAGAAUAAUUCUCCAGAUGUUUUAUCCGAAACUGAGGUAAGUAUACCUAUUGAAUCGAUUCUUUUAGAUUCACCCCAAGAAAACGAUAAAGAUUCAGAAUUACUAGAAGUUGAGAUAAGUGCGUCAUCUUCAGAUAUCAAGAAAACUUUACCGGAAUUUGAGGUAAGUAAUACAUCUACUCUUUCUAAUUUAGAAACGGUUCCAGAGAAAUCAACCGAGAUACAGGCAAGUGUGUUUUAUGAGGACGUUAAUGAUAAGAAUUUCUCUGAUGAUGGGAGCUUCUGUGGUUUUUCUGAUGACGAUGAUGAAGGUUAUUAUUAG